AGUUGUACUUUGCCGAAUAAGUUAAUAUUCAACACACACAGCAGCGUAUGUUUACGCCAGAGCACGUUGUAAACUUACACAAAAACUUCGCUCAUAAAGGCGGAAAUGGCCAUGGAUUGCCCUUAUAUUAAUUUUAUGGCAAUCUACAUUAUUUCUGCUAGCUUUUUAGGCACAAAUUCUGGCCGUGGAGUCACGCAUUGGAAGCUGAACGAGCAAGGCAGUAGCAUAGUUGAAGGCAACGAGAGUGACAGGAAUUAUGUCAAAACUGACCCGGUAUUUGCCUUAUUGAUUGAACAUUAUCCACCUAAGACAGCUCCUGCAAGAAGGCCUAAAUCGGGAAAGAAUAAAUCGAGCAAGAAAGCAUCUCCAGCAAAUCAUUUAAGUUCACCCACAAUGACAGGUCCACCAGCAUAUGAAAUAUUCCAAUCGUCAACAUUCCACUGUGGUGAUCCUGUCAAUGAAACAAUGUACGACAGCCUACUUGGAAUAGCCAGGAGAAAAACCCACCCAUUGUUUGAAGAACCAGAAGUCUCCAUGAUCUUUAAAAAGAGUGAACUUGACCAGCUAGAUAUGAAGGCGAUUGAAGAAAAUUUACAGAACUCUUUAGAGGAGAGUCCCAUGUCUGUUGUGGUAUGCAAUCAAAUUGGAAACUAUUUGAGAAUGAAAGGCAACACAUACCAUGCUAUUGAGUGUUUCAGAAAAGCAUUGUAUACCAUGCCAAAUAAUGCAGACAUUCUUCUUAACCUUGCAAGAGUAUUGUAUAACUUGAAGUACCUUGAUGAUGCGAUCUAUCUUACCAGAAGGUCAUUGGAAAUGCAGCCAGCCAACCUAAACUGUUGGCUACAGCAUUUCACUUUGGGUGAAAUUCUCAAAGCAAGCGGGGAGAGGAAGGAGGCAGCAAUUCAUUUCAGAAAUGCAUUGGAUCUCAACCCAUCCUUUCAACCUGCCGAGAUUCAGCUGCAAGAAUUGGGUACGGUUGUCGAUGAGUCAUUCGACUUUUAUACAUAUUUAAUCAUCGGCCUUCUUGUCAUUGUCGUGUUGUUUUGGUUGUACAUAACUAGCCCAGGGAAAGAGCAAAGUAGCCAAAGCAAAUCAAAUAUCCGUCCUCGGAUAAUACCUGGACCUGUUAGAAGAUCAAUCAAUCGGCGACUGUAAUAGGGGGUGACAUGGUUUGUUGUCGAGGUUAGCAAGAGCUGGCAAUUUGCUGCCUGUUUCACCAGUAGCUAAAUAGAUUUGAGAUGACCUCUUUAGCAGAAGGGAAGUUUCAAAAGAAUAUAUUUAUUUGACAUAAUAUAACUUUUUACUUGGUAAGGCAGAAAAAGAUUUGGAAGAAAGAAAUUAUUUACUGUCUAAAGAUAUUAUUUUAUGAUAGAGCAAGUACUCAGUUCAAAUUUUAUCAGAUGCAGUGAACAGUGCAACAAAUUCAGCUCUUGGUAAUUUUAUGCACCUAUCCGUUUACAAGAAUGCAGUCGCACUUUCUUAGAAUCAAGUGUUCGUAAUAUGCGCCGUACAGUACCACGACAACAUGAACUUUGUUGAUGUGAUUUUGUCUUAUUUAAUAGUGCUUUUCAAGUUGUGUAAAAAUUUUUAGCUUUCACGUAAUUUUUUUCAAAUUGAAAACAGUCAAAUCUGAACAAAAAAUGAAUUAAAAAAAUAAAGUUU